UGUUUCGACGGUCUCCUUAGAGGGCUGGACCGAAGACGGACCGCUCGUACAAACAGUCCGACUUGGGAAACAUUCCUAAUGCUAAAGGAUUAAAGAGCUACGCUGUAAGUCUUCCUUAUCGGGCGCUUUUGACGUUUUAGCCUUGCUGAAUAUUUCCACAUUAUCACGGUUUAAAUAAUGGCAUCUCGGUCGCCAUCGUCCUCGCCCGAUUCGGCUACGGGUUCAGGUACUGAUCCGGCUCGGCCUGAUACAGGAGAGCCCCUCGGCGGGGCAGGUUCAGAUUCCGACGACUCGUCUCUUGAUCUUGCGAGAUUUGACUGUGGUGCAGCCGAUGUAGGCGACCGACUGGAAGGAGAAGAGCUGGAAGAGGAAUUCCAGGCAGCUGCGGACCGCGUAGGACAGCUGGUUCAGACGGCCAGUAGAGACCAGCUGCUCUACCUGUAUGCCCGCUACAAACAGGUCAAAGUAGGAAAGUGCAAUACAUCGAAGCCAGGCUUUUUUGACUUUGAAGGACAGAGGAAAUGGCAAGCGUGGAAGCAACUGGGAGACUUAGAGGCAGAACAGGCAAUGCAGGAGUACAUCUCCUGUGUCAAUACUCUGGACCCUGAAGGAACCCUGAAGGGCGCAGAGAAGAGAACCGGCUUCGGAGGUCCGGCAGUCAGCUCUUUGUACCAGGAAGAAACUAUCAGGGAAGAGGAUAAGAACAUCUUUGACUACUGCAGGGAGAACAACAUGGAGCACAUCGGCGCGGCCAUCAGCUCGAAGAAGGUGGACGUCAACGCAAAGGACGAGGAGGGUCGGGCAUUGCUGCACUGGGCCUCUGACCGAGGACAUAAGGAGCUGGUUUCUCUACUACUGCAGCACAAAGCGGAUAUCAACAGUCAGGUGAGCGCAAGUCUGUUUUCUUUCUUUCUCUUAUGUAGAACCUGAAACAGUCAUACAAAAGCCGGGCUGUUCUGCAGAACACCUCCUUCUUUUAGCUUCGGCAAUCAGUUUUCACAUUCUCCUUUCUGUGAUUCCUCCCAUGAGCUCCAAAGCAGGGUUGAUAUCAACCCAUGCCCAUGCAUGGCUUCACCGCCAACCAACAUCCGUCGUUUGUUAUUCUGAGAUUUGUGGCGUGUAUCAUCAUCAUCAUCAUCUAAUUUAUCAAUGUCCUUCUCUGAACACCCACGUAAUCUGUCCCUGAACAAACCGAAUAUACGCUUUGUCAAUCUGAACAAACCCGAAGUUUCCCCGGGUAAUACUGCCUGGUGUGACUUGUUACCGGGCCUGAGCACCGGUUGACCUUUCUAAGAAGCAAGAGCUUCUUCAGAAGACUUGUCCAGUGUCCACGCUCCGUUCAUUCCUACAGGGCAAGAUGUUGCUUAUGAUCCCUCUGAGGGUAUAGUUAAAUUCUCCAACACAGUCCGGCUAUACAGCGGCAGUCCUUUUGAAUAAGUAUUUCAGACAACCAUCUCUCUCGCCGAACACCGUCCAAUCCAGAAAAAGUUCCGUAAGCUUUAAUUCCCUUGGUGGCCCGGGACAAAUCUCUGGCCCUAACCUACCCCCCCACUCAGAGGCUUUGGCAGCCUGAGUUAGCAGGUAUCAGCGAGCCUGUCGUUUCAGCCGGGCGCUGUUUAACCACGCUCGGGAGGCUUUGGAUUUGCGCCUUGCCUUUAGCGCUAAGCUGGCUCAGUCGCGCAUCGGCGAAAUGAAUACGGUGUCCGCUGA